ACUAUCGCGACGAAGGCCACGGUGCGAGUGACUCCAGCGUCGAGCGCGAUCACCGUCGUCGCUCGCUCGGUGCGAGGCUUGCCACACGUUGAAGGUGAAUCCAUCCGUUGUAUACUCACGUAUGGUUCGCAGCGCGCCGAAACAAGUUCGACGAACUUCAGUAUGGCAGACGAUAUGAAGUUCUCCUUCGGCGAGGCUUCGUUCAAUGCAGAGGCUCCGUGCACUGGCGCGAUUCGCGUCGACAUCGUUACGACCGAAACCGGAAACUUGCUCGGGACCACCGAACUCGACGUUAUGAAGCUGCCGAGACGUAAGACGGAUAGGCACGGUAAUGUAGCCGCAGCGCCAUCUGGUCGCUAUCACAAACUCUACUCGGGAGAUGAGGGUGACGACGAAGAUGUGGGAUUUGUGUUCCUUCAGGCGUACGUCGAUCCAGCGGUGACGUAUUCGCAGUCACAGAAACCUGUGCUAGGAGAGCUGUCCAUCAAGGUGCUCAAACUAAAUGGUCUUCCUGAAAGCUGCGCGCCGGCGCUCAUCGCAAAUGUCGGCGACGCGUGGGCGCUUUUGCCUGGGUUUGGCGGCGGCGGCCCUUCCGGUUGGAAGCGAGAACUGCACGCCGCCGUGCGCGAUGCCGCCGAUCAAUGCACGAUUGGUAUUUAUAACCGAAACAAGUCAGAUGAAAUGUUGGGUAAGAUUAAAUUCUCGCCGUUUAGUCUUCCGGAACACGGGCGCGCGCUCGUAUGCACGGUUCCUCUGACGACGCGAGACGUCUUCGGUUCGGGCGACGACAACGGCGAGGCUACGGUUCGGUUGCAGUUCAAGCAAAAAGUGAGCAACACCGCGUUGUUCUUUCAUUAUUGCACACCGAUGCUACCGAUGAGUGCGUAUCGUUACGGAGAUAUGGAUGAGAUUAUGCGAGAUUUGGACAUUAUAAACUACGAGCAUCUCGUGACCGGUCGCGACGCUUUGCCCGAACCCCUAGUGCGAUCGAUUUUGGAUGUGAGCGAUACUGAUCCGUCCAUCGCGACGACGCGACGCACAAAAGCGAGCGCGAUGCGUCUCGCCGCGACGCUGGAGUCGUUCGGUGACGUGCUCAAGCCUCUCACGCAGGCAGUGACGUGGGAAAAGCCGAUGUACACCGCCGCGCUCCAUAUUUCAAUCUUCAUGUGCCUGUGGUUACCGCGACUGACAUUCGUGGGCUACUUCGCAUUCAUCGCGUGGUACAUUUCGCUGCGAAAUAAACCGCGCGUCUUCACCGCUUUGGGGGAGGACAAGAGCAAGUUGGCUGGUUCUGUCAACGUCUCAAAGGCACCACCCGGGAGUACGUUGUCGCCGCUCUCAUCUCUCGUUCGCGAAUCGUACGGCGUCGCCGCGAGAGCGACACCUUCGAACGACGCGUACGACGCUGUUGUGCAGAUUAGCUUUUGGUGUCAAGCACAAGUGGAAUUCCUGCGCGCGCCGUUGGAGAAGUUCAACGCGAUUUUGACUUGGGAGGACGAGAGCGAGAGCGCAAAGUACCAAACGCUCUUCUUGGGUGCCGCAGUCGGCUUCCUGUUUAUCCCUUUCAGGUUCGUCGCGGCGGCUAUUUUGUUCGUGUGUUUGCGACAUCCAUGGGCGGCUAAGCCUCCGUUACCACCGUAUAAAGUCGCGUUAGCGCGAAGAAGCAUCGCGCCGGCGGCUUAAUGUAAAAACGAAGUAAAUUUAUUAAAACCUCGGUGGUGCGAGCUCUUUCAUCAUGCGAAUCAUCUUGGGCGUCAUGUCAUUCGGUUUGACGUGAAUGAAUGACAUCAUCUUCUCCCUGUCAGCUUCCAUUCUUGCGAUUCGGGCCGCACUGUCGACCCAGAGGUGUUCCCACACGCUCAUGUCCUUGUCGAGUCCAAGCUCAGAGAGCGUCUUGGAAUCCUCGAGCUCGACUCCUCCCGGGGCGCCACCGCGCUUGAGCAUCUCCACCCUCUCACCGAGUUCUGCUUGCACUUUAGCCUUGACAUCCUUCACGGUUUCCUCGGGCGCACAAAACACUCGAACCGUCCUUGCGCGCUCCAACGGUUUUCGCUCUUGCUGAAAGUGCGUCAGAUACGGGUGCUUCGAAUCCUCCUCAGCGGGGAGCGCGCUCACCCGAAUCUUCACUUUGCCGUCCUCGCGCGCCAUGGCCGCGUGAAAUCGAUUUUUAUGCGUCGUCGUGUGCGCUUUUCACGGCCAGUGCGCGCUGAAACGCUCGCGAAACGUCUCGAUUGUAACGAACCUCACCAACCAACAAUGUCACAUCGAAAAGUCGUCACCGCACGCCGCACGACCGCGCGCACCGCGAUGACCGCGCGCGACGGUUUCGCCACUCCACCCGGCGAGCUCAACGGUGACUGGUGCGCGGACGUCGUCAGCUCUCCGAGCACGUCCAGCGUGCGCCGCGCGCGCGAUGAAUCGACGAAAACGCGCGAGCAGUGGUUUCAGACGUUCGAGCAAACAUUCAUCUUUCGCGAAGGAUACGGCGUCGCGGACGCGUUCGAUUUCGAUGACGUGCUGUACUUCGUGCGCGACGACGAUGAGGUGUUCGUCCGGCGGUGGAGCGAAGGGAUGGUGAUCGAUAUCGACGAUGCAGCGUUCGUGGACGUGGACUGGCGCGCGACGACAAAGUUGAACGCGUGCGCGCAGAGCGCGUACGAAGUAGUCAUAGGACAGUUUAGCGCGAAGGAUAGGAGCGAUUUGAUGACGACGGCGCGUGUAAGGGCGUAUGCGUCGCCGUUUUACACCGAAUUGAACGAGCUCGCGAUGCCGACGAAGAAUGUGGGUAGGUAUCCACUGUUGUGCUUUACGUUUGACGACGCGUUGACGUUGGACGCGGCGCGAGGGAAUACGGCGUACGUGACACUGAAACGCACGGUCGGGAACGCGAGAGUUAAAUAUAGCGCGACAUCGGCGUCGACGUCUCCGAGCGCAUCGUCGUCGGCGAUGAUGGAGAUGGAUGGCGAAGAAGGUGCGGAUGUUGUGUUUUCCACGCACGCCGCGCUCUCGGACGAGACGCCGACAAAGCUCGGCAGAGCGUUACUCGAAACGGUGACCAAAUCGCCCAAGCGCGGGCGAUUGGCAUUACCUUCGCCGAAGAGAAUCAUAGCAAGCCCCGUGCGAGCGGUGCGUAAAUUAUUAGGAACCCCGAAGACGCCGAAGGGCGGCGGCUCGCACGAUCCCAGAUCCGGCGUCGAGCUCUACCCGGCGGGCGACGGCAAAUUCGCCGUCCGCUCGCUCCUCGCGCCGUGCGCUGACAUCGUGUACGAGAUCGCUUCGACGAGAAACGGCGCCCCUUUCGGUUCGGUGUUCGCGUAG